AUGGAACCGAAUCUUAAGCAAACCCCUUAUUUUCGUUGUCAAAAGGGAAAUGAUUCGCUCCCUCUGUGCCAGAAGUGUGAAACGUGUAUCUUAGCAUGGAAGAUCUUUUCUACUAAAGAGUGGUUCCAAAGGGUCAGCGACAUGACACAGAUGAGGUUUCUAGUUAGCAUUCUACUUCAGUUAAAUAGCUUGUACUUACUACACUAUUUCCAAAAUAUCCUGCAGACCACUCAGGGAAAGGAUUUUAUCUAUAAUAGAUCCCGGAUCUCCCUCAGCAGGCUGGAGAGGAAGAAGGAGAAGUCUGUGAAGUCCUCCUUGAACCAGUUGUUGGAGAAAACCGCAGAGGAGAAGAUGAAGGAGAUCUUGUACUGGUUUUGCGACAGCACCUACUGGACCAAGGCAAAUUUUACUGUCUUCCUGCUGCAGAUGUGCAAUGAAAAACUACUGUUUACUGCUGCGAGUGUGAUCAGAGUCCUGUUUCUGAGAGAGUGGAACAAGGUCUCAGUGCUCCAUCCAGACUCCAUUGAUAUGCUGUUUUUCCCUAAGAAAGGCUACACCACCAUAUCUGAGUUUCCACAUGUGUAUUGGGCAACUAAACCCAGAUCUAUGUCAUUCCCCUUGCAUAGAACUUCAGCAAAAAAAGACACGCCUGCAGAUGUGGAAAAAGGAUCCUACACAAAGGGAAUAGAUCCUAAUUAUGCCAACAAGCUUCUUAUCCCUGUUCCUAAAAUGACAGAUGAUGGGAAACGCAUGCGUGCGAAAACUCCAAAGUGGAAACUGAGAACAAAGAGUGACUACAGCCUGUGGACUGCCUACCAGAACCAGGAAACGCAGAUGGUCCAGAUGGAGGAGAGAAAUGUUUUCUGUGGCACCUACAAUAUCCGCAUUAUCUCUGACACGUGGGACCGAAACAGAAUCAUCCACUAUUCGGGGGGAAAUCUGAUAGCUGUGGCAUCAAAUCGGAAGAUGUACCUUCUUGAUAUCUUACAAGUCAAGGAGCUGCGCACCGAGUUCCGAGGCCAUGCUGGGAGCGUCCGGACCAUCUUCCUCGCUGAAAAGGAAAUGUUUCUCCUCAGUGGGAGUUAUGACCUAAGUAUCAGAUACUGGGAUCUGAAAACUGGGAGUUGCAUAAAAAUCUUCUAUGGCCACCAGGGGACAAUCACUUGCAUGGAUGUCUAUAAGAACAAGCUUGCAUCUGGAGCAAAAGAUGGCCAGGUGAAAGAGUGGGAAUUAGAAUCUGGGAAGUGCCUGAAGACAUUUAAACACAAAGACCCCAUCUCAGCCAUCAAGAUAAGUGAAACCUACAUUAUAAGCACCUGUGAGAAAGGGCUCAUCAAAGUGUGGCACAUUGCUAACACCCAGCUGGUAAAGACUCUCAUGGGGCAUGAGGGAAUUGUGAGGUGCCUGUUCUUUGAUGAGUGGCAUCUCGUCUCGGGAGGUGCUGAUGGCCUGGUCAUGGGCUGGAGCAUGGUGGGGAAGUACGAGAGGUGUCUGAUGGCCUUCAAGCAUCCAAAGGAGGUACUGCAAGUGUCCCUUCUCUAUCUCCGGGUUAUCAGCGCCUGUGCAGAUGGCAAGAUACGCAUUUACAAUUUUCUCAAUGGAAACUGUCUGAAACUGAUAAAAGUCGAAGCCAAAGGUGAUCCUGUGCUGUCCUUCUUUUAUCAUGGCAACAGGAUGGUGGUAAACACAGUGAGCAAUAUCCUCAUGUUCCACUUUGAGAAUGUGAAGUGGCAGUACUCCCAGGAAAGAACUAAAAUAAAGAAGAAGGAGAAAGAGGAAGAAAAGGAAGAAAUCAACCUUGAUAUUGUUUCCAAGUCUAACAUUCGUCUUCAUAACGUAAAAGAGUCUGGACCUAGUAAACACACAGAGAUCCAGGAGUUACAGUCAAAAAAGACUUCUAAGUCCCGUGUUCUGGAGAAGCUAUCCAAGUCAGCAUCAGAUAUGAAAACUUCCAUUGACAUGAUCAAUCAGUCAAAGAAAAAGUCGUGGAAAAUCCCGAUGACACCUGACCGGUUCCUCUUGACUGUCAAUGCUCUGCAAAAAGCCCACAAUUCUGAGGAAUUUGCUUAUCCUCACAGGCCCCAAAUCCAAACCAUUGAUGACUUGCAAUCUUCAAUUUCAUAUCCAAGGAAGGUCCUAAAUUUCAAAGGAAAAUCAAUUCAACAUGCAGUUGAUAAGUUGAAGUCAAGCAAUCCUUUUCUAGAUGUGAAACAAACCAAUAUACCCCUUAAAAUCCAGAAACUGCAGCCCAACUUGAAAAACUCUUUGCACAGUCCCAGUGUUCAGUCUACCAUACCCCAGCCCAUGAUUAUCUCCAGGUUCUAUGGCAGCUUGGGUAAAGAACCAUUGACGAGUUCAAUCGAAGGGGCAGUCCGUAGUAUAGGCCCUCUGACCAGCAUGCAGGUCAUUAAAUCCAACCGAAUACUAGUUCCACAAAUAAGUACUAGCACCCUGCCUCUAAAGAAAGAACGGCCUCGCUUCUACACAAACCUAGAUCCUCUUCGCACAAACACGGAAUUCAUGCUGAUGACUGUGAAAGAAGAGAAAGAGUAUGAGGAAGCCAAGAUAAAGGCGUUUAAGGACAGUCAGUCGACUAAAGUUGUAGAUCCAGGAAAAAAGAGCAAAGCUGCAUGGAUCUUGAAGACUAAAGGUCUACCUAUUGAUGACUUCAUGAAGCAAGGGAAAAUAGCAGCCCCUGAACUUGGAGAAAACGUAUUUAUCUAA